UACUAGGUCAUGUUUAUCUCCUUUGAAUACAUUUGAUCAGAAUAGGUCAAAUAAUUCAAAACGCAAGGAAUCAGCUUGGGACAUAGAGAUGGGAGGUUUCUGAAACGUGAGAUAAACGCUUAGGUCAACAUUUUCAGCACCCAAACAAGGUUCUUCAAACCUGAGCAGCAACAGACCCAUAGCCACCCUCAUGCAGUAUGGGAUAAGUGACGACCAGGUAGAGCAACAAAUAUGACUGUCUCCUUAGUCAUACUGAGCCCUGCUACCAAGCUGUUAGGGAUGAGCAGGUUUCUUCCCUAUCACAGCACAGCAGGAGACUUGGGCUCCACUGGACGGUGGCUCCACCAAGGAGACACACCAUCGUAUAGACAAGAGAAAAAGGAAUCGCCAAUAAGUCAGAUCUUGAGAAAAGAGACGCAACCAGCGACGGUCGUAAUAAGACAACGUGAGGGUUAUCUAGAUAUAGAGCAAAUAGACUGACUCCACACACCAGAGUAUCAGGAUGAAAAUCCGUGUGAUGCAGAUCUGGGGCUUCCUGAUGACAGUGCUGGGCUGGAUCUUUGUGGCAUGCACCAUGGCCAUGGAGGGCUGGAAGGUCACGCCCAUAGGGGGCAUGGGUGGCUCGCCUGUCAUCAAGGUGGCCUGGUACUGGUCUAACCUGUGGAAGGCCUACUUUACCGACUCCACUUCUGUCACCAACUGCCAAGACUUCCCUGUGCUCUGGUCCGUGGACAACCACAUCCAGAUUGUGAGGGGCCUGCUGAUGGGUGCUCUCUCUGUGGGGAUGCUGGGGUUCGUACUCAGUCUCAAUGGGAUGGAGUGCACCUUCCUCGGGGGCAAGGACAAGGCGAAGCACAGGAAGCUCUUCACUGGAGGAGUCUGUCACAUCAUCAGUGGCAUUCUGGCUGCGCCAGGAUAUGCUGUCUACGCAAAAUACGUCUCCGGGGAAUACUUCAACCCCUAUUUUGACGGAUUAAAGUUUGACCUGGGGACUCCUCUGUUUCUUGGCUGGGUGGGAUCAGCUUUCCAUAUGACAGGGGGUUGGUUCUACUUGGUCUCUGUGUGCAAACUGCUCUGUGAGGACGAGAGCGAAACUAUAGUCGUCCCUGAACUUCCCGAGGUUGAGAGGGACCAGGCCAAGUCCACCACAGUACAGUCCCCAGUAUCCAAGAUCACCUCAAAGAUCAAGGUUUCAUCUGCAUCUAAGAUUUCUUCAAAAUCUGCAGGCUCAGAUGUGUCUGCCAUCUCCUCAAGGUCUGGUCAAUCCGGUCACGCGUCCAAAUUAGAGCGGUCUGGACGGUCCUCGAACUCCAGGCAGUCCUCGAAAUUUGGCAGUGGGUCUUUGACGUCUGGUCGUCCAUCGAGGUCUCAUGGGUCAGUGCACUCCGAGGUGAGCAGAGACAGUAGUAGUACAGUGUCCUCUUUAUCCAGUGGGUCAAGAAGGAGCGAGAGAGAACCGUUUAUCCAAAACUCCUACAUAUGAUCUGGUUCUGUUCAUACUAUGUGUGAUUGUGACUGGACCGAACUGAAGUAACAAUUGUAUAUACUGUAUAUGAUGAUUAGUGCUGUCAGAGUUCAUCCGUUAACUCAAGUUAACUUUUUUGAAUUUUAGUGAACUAAUGUGUUUGAAUUGCGAUUAAUCACAUGGUCUCUUAUCUUUUAAAAUAUAGUGAAAACAUCCAAAAUACAUAAUUUAUACAGCUAAAAACAACAAUUCAAUGUCAAAACAAGUUGACAAUGAGGUUCAAUUAAGUGUGCUUUGUCAAUUUACCUGAUUUGCUGUUACUUUGGACAACUCAAUUCGAGCAAAUUCUGAAUUUGAAUCACAACAAAUCCUUUGAUUAACUCAAUUAAAUGUUUGAAUCAUUUGACAGCCCAAUAAUGAUCCAAUUGUGAUUCUGUAUGUGGGGGAAAGUCUCUGUAUCCAAUGGCCUGUUUCCUGGGAAUGUUUCACUUUCAUCAACUGAACUGCUUCAUCACAUUCAUUGUAUUGCUAUUGAUAAUGUCAUUCAAGCAGGACUUUUCUGCCUUUCGUCAAGUUCUCUGACUCCGUGUUGUUGUUGUUCUCCCUUUUCAAAUGAUUCAACUGUAGUCUAAUCAAAAUCAGUAUAUUUUAAGAUAUAGAAAUAAUCACCAACUCUUUUAGAUGUUACUUUUCUAAUAUUGUCAGCACAGUCAUACCUGCCAAAGCAGUCAGGGAGGCUGCCUGUAAACAGUCUCUGUUUUUGGUGUUGCCACUCUAUUCUGCCCGGACACUGUUUCCUAUUUAAACCAUGAGUGAUAUGCCGCACAGCUGACAGACCGACGCUCCAAUCUUGUGCUAAGUGAAUAUGGAAUAAUUUUUAUUGGAUGCAUUUUUGUGAAUUCCGUGACUAGAUUGGAUGAAAUCAGUAACAUUGCAAUAGAUCCAGUAACUUACCCUCGGUAGUCCCUGUGAGCGAUCCUCUCCACCUGUCCAGACAGAGGAAUGUGGAGGAGGUUGGUUCAGAUCCUGGGCCUCGAGGUGUCCAUGCUGGACUGGGUGAUUGUGGCCUGCACCCUGGAUAUCGACUACUGGAGGGUGGCCCAGGUCGGGCGCUGGUCCAGCCUGUGGAAGGACUGCUCUGAGGACUCCGCCACUGUAGUCAACUGUGUGGACUUCUGUGGACGGUGAAACAUGGUUUGAGUACUAGAAUCUCUCGUCUCGUAUCUGGUAUCUCUGUGUGGAAUAAUCAGGAGUCUUAUGGGUGCAGUGUCUGCUAAUAUGAUUAUUUCUCUAAAACUGUAUGGGAAUGCCAAGCUGUUUUUUGCCUACAUUUUCCCUACUCAGGUAUAAUAUUGGAUCUGCUCUUUGGCUUGGCCUAGUGAGAGGCUUCCUCAUCAUAUUAGGACCCAUUCUGUUCUCUGCCACUAUAUUCACAGUAGCCCAUUCAAAAGGGUUAAAUGUACAGUACAGUAUAAGCGACAAUAAGCAUACAUGCCUAAUUUACAUACAACACCACAUAAGCAUGCUUCUCUAAGUAUUGACUUACCUCCCUAAUCUUAUUAUAUUUGCACACACUGUAUAUAGAUUUUUCUAUUGUGUUAUUGACUGUACGU